UUUCACGACUGUUAUUUCUUAUCAGUAAGUUGACGUUAGUGCAAGUGGGUUUCAUUUAUAUCUGGCGAAUAAAUAACCGACUUAUUUACGUAUCUACUCCGUCGGCGCUAAUGUAAACAUCACGGAUCGCCUCGAUACUGAGUAAAUUAUCAUUCGUACGCCUUCUCGCUUCAACUGCGCACGAGAUUUAUAAAUCUAAAAUGAAUAAAUUAGUCAGUUUGACAAGGAAUUUUUCUAGUUCCUCCUCUUUAAAUGCGAUUAAAACGGUGACUGUAAUUGGCGGAGGGCUUAUGGGCUCCGGAAUUGCUCAGGUUGCAGCCCAAGCCGGUCAAAAUGUGACCAUAGUUGAUUUAAAACCAGAACUACUUGAGAAUGCACAGAAAUCCAUUCAGAAUAACUUACGAAGGGUCGGCAAGAAGACUUUCAAGGAUGAUGCGGCGAAAAUUGAAAACUUUGUAAAAGAGUCCACAUCUAGAAUUAAUACAUCCACCAAGGUGGAAGAUGGUGUCAAUGCUGAUCUUAUAAUUGAAGCAAUUGUUGAGAAGCUGGAUGUAAAGCAAGAGUUAUUCAAUAAACUUGAUCAGUUGGCUCCAGAACACACGAUUCUAGCUACGAAUACGUCUUCGAUUAGCAUCAAUGCUAUUGGUGCUGGCAUUAAGAGGAAAGACAGAUAUGGUGGACUCCAUUUCUUCAACCCGGUGCCGGUGAUGCGCUUGCUGGAGGUGAUUAAAGGUGACCAGAUAUCAGAGGCCACUUACCAGACCCUGAUGGAGUGGGGGAAGUCCAUCGGAAAGACCUGCAUCACUUGCAAGGACACCCCUGGAUUCGUGGUGAACAGACUCCUGGGCCCGUACAGCGCUGAGGCAAUAAGGCUGUAUGAGAGAGGAGAUGCGUCUGCGCAAGACAUAGAUGUGGGUAUGAAACUCGGCGCGGGGCUACCAAUGGGACCGUUGGAAUUGGCUGAUUUCACUGGACUGGACCUUAAAAAGGCUAUUUUAGAAGUCAUGCUAGAAAAAACUGGGCAUCCCGUAUUUAAACCAAUACCACUUUUGAAUCAGUUGGUUAGCGAGGGUAAAUACGGACGGAAAACUGGAGAAGGGUUUUAUAAAUAUAAUAAAUAAAUAAUCAAGAAUCGGCAAAUUUUGUUAUUCCUGAGA